GACGAUAUUUUUGAAUUUCUAUUGAGUCACCGACCGAAACCGAAGUGUCAUUAGUGUCAGUUUAUAGCGAGCGAGCACGUGUGUACGGUACAACAGCAGAGCGGUAGCGUAAUUUAAUAAUUUAAUUGAUUGAUUUACGUGUAAAAUAAACGAGAACUACUUAAAAAUUUCGAUGGUCCGUUAUGGAUGUUCGUCUUAAAUUCUUCGCCUCAAAUAAUGUACAAAAUCUGUUGAUAUCGCGUAAACGGAGACGGCGGAAGCUCGAUUUAUAACCAAAAUAACCCCGCGCGCUUUUCUUAUUCGAUUUUUGUUUUUUAUAAUAAAUACAUAGUUGUGAUAAUAAUUCCAUUAUAGCCGUGUGAUAUUAAUUUUUAAGAGAGAAUUAAAGACUUGAUAGUCAGUAAGGUAAUUUAAAUUAUUAAGUAAAAAAAAAUGAACGGGACUACGAACGGGAACGGGUACCCGGCCAAUAAUAUAAACACCCAAUAUACGGCCGUGUUUGAAACUGAAACUUUACAGAAGAAAAAACAGCCUGGUCGUUUCGGCACCAGACAUUUCGUGACCUUCAUGUUGGCCUUGGGCAUGGCCAACGCCUACAUUAUGAGGACCAACAUGUCCGUAGCUAUCGUCGCCAUGGUGAACCAUACAGCUAUAGCUAUAGUAGACCAGUCACCGUCCGAUGACGUAUCCAUAGCUGAGUGCGGGGUCGAGAACAAAACCCUCGACGACGCGUUAGAAGCAGAUGGAGAAUACAUUUGGAAAACCGACGUGCAAUCCUACGUACUGUCGGCCUUUUUCUACGGUUACGUGAUCACCCAAAUCCCCGCCGGGAUUUUAGGGAAAACUUACGGGAACAUUUACUUCCUGGGCAUCGGGAUGCUGAUCAACUCGGUGUUCGGCCUGUUGGUACCGAUCGCUGCCAAAAUGGGACUCUGGUGGCUGCUGGUCGUGCGAUUCAUCCAAGGGUUAGGCGAGGGUCCGAUCGUACCGUGCAGCCACGCAUUGCUCGCUAAAUGGAUUCCGCCCAACGAGAGAAGCCGAAUGGGUUCGUUUACUUACGCAGGUGCCCAACUGGGAACGGUAAUUUCCCUACCGUUGAGCGGCCUCUUAUCGGUCUCGGAUUGGAAAUGGCCCGGGAUUUUCUACGUUUUUGGGGCAGUGGGAACCGUUUGGUGUAUCGCGUUCCUACUGCUGAUCAAAGAAGAUCCAGAAUCGAACAAGAAAAUGGAUGCGACAGAACGGGAGUACAUCCAGAAAAGUUUGGGAUCCAUUGCCGGAAAUACUAAAUCCCCUCCGGUUCCCUGGAUGGAAAUCGUUAAGUCUUUGCCUUUCUGGGCCAUUUUAUUGGCCCACAUGGGUUACAAUUACGGAUACGAAACUUUGAUGACCGAAUUGCCCACUUACAUGAAACAGGUGCUACACUUCAGUAUUAAGGAUAACGGAAUCCUCUCCGCGUUGCCCUACUUAGCCAUGUGGCUCUUCUCAAUCCUAGUAAGUCAAGUGGCCGACUGGAUGCUCACCAAACCUUACUUUACCUCCACUUUAGUCAGGAAAAUUCUAAAUAGCAUUGGUCAAUUUGGUCCAGCCGUCGCCUUAUUCGCUGCGGCAUUUACUGGAUGCAACAAAUAUCUCACUGUAGCCUUAUUGACGAUAGGAGUGGGUUUAAUGGGGGGCACAAACUCGGGAUUCCGAGUGAACCACUUGGAUAUUUCGCCACAAUACGCGGGGAUUUUAAUGUCUUUCACCAACUGUAUGGCUAACGUUGUUGGACUUUUGGCUCCGAUUUAUGCCGGUUAUAUGAUAAAAGGAACCCCUAGUAUUGCCAAGUGGCGAACGGUCUUUAUAACGGCCUCGGCGGUUUACGUCUUCUGUUGCACGUUUUAUGUGAUAUUUGCUUCUGGCGAGAGACAAUCGUGGGACAAACCACAGGAGGAGGAAAAGGAAAAAGAGCAAAAGGAACCGAUGGUCGCUUAAUUCGGUUUUAAAUUAUCUUCUAGUGAAGGGACAGAUUUUUCGGUCUAGCAUAGUAGUUUUUAAGACAUCAAAUUCUUAUUAUAAGUUUAAAUUUGCCUAAAUUAAGCUUUAAUAUGUCUUAAAUGAAUUUCAAAUUUAGUUUCUGUCACAUUUUCAAAGUUUAUCGUAACUUUGCAGUUAAAAUUGUUGUUCCCCAUCAGAGUAGUACGUUCAAUUGAUUGAUAUUAUUUAUUAAAAAUUAUCCAGUGAUAAGUAAUUAGUGCUUACAAGUGUGUCUUAGCCCAUUAGCAUAGUUUAAAAAUAAUAUAUUUUUUAAUUAUAUAGACAUGGUCGGUACCAUUAGACUAGUUAGAUUAGAAUAAUGAAUUUGAGAGUGCUAUUUUAUAGAUUAGAUAAUGUAAAUAUAUUUUUUCAACAAG